UUGCAGCUUCGCUCCUAUUGGUCCAAUAGUUACGAGACAACUUAAUAACCCUAUGAUGUUAGUUAUUCUAUGCCUAUGAUGGUCCAGAAAAAUUGCUUCGGUCUGCUUUGGUUAAAAAGGGUUAAAAGUAGUUAAAAGUCUUAAUUAAUUUGUUAUGACAAUGGUUGAUAAUCUUUUGAGCGAUUUCACCAAUUCCAAUGAUUUAUCAACUACUUCAGAGUUUUGCCAUUUAUAUAAAAAUUCCAAUAGAGCUAAUAAGCUAUCACAACAUGAGCGAAGAGAAUUAUUAUUAAAAGACCAAAAGAAUAGGCGGCAUGAUCUAGUUGAUGGUUUUCGAGAUGUAGCUAAAAUAUUUUUCGAUGAUGAGAACGUCGAGUUUUCUGAAAGUACUGAAGUUUUGGUGGAUAUGGAUUUUGACAAUAUCGAAGAGCAAAAAAAGCCACAAACGUUUAAUUUCAUGGAAUCUGAAUGGUUUUCUGAAGUCCCAGAGGAUCUAGAAGAGAAUUGGUUAGUAAAACUUGUUCCUGAAGGUUUUAGAGUACUGGCAGUAGCCAAGAGGAAUAAAACAAUUAUUUUUAAUAAAAAAGGUCGAGUUUUAACCCUAAAGACACACCUUCCUGGUGGCGGUCUUACUAAGGGCAGCGGUUUAACAGUUUUAGAUUGCAUAUAUAAUAAAGUUUCAAAAACAAUAUUUAUCUUGGACUGUUUACAUUGGAAUACUAUGUCAUUACUUGAUAGUGAAACUAAUUUCAGAUUUUAUUGGUUGAAAAAUAAGUUUGAUGAAAAUUCUAAGUUCGUUCAGACAAAUAAAUCUUUCAAGUUAUAUCCGCUGGAUUUUUUUCCUGCUCAAAGGGCAAUUAUCCAAGAUAAAGUGUUUGAGCCUCUUAAUACAGAGAAUAAAGUUUUAUGUGAGGGACUGGCAUUUUAUCACAAAGAGUUGCAUUAUAUUUUUGAAGAAACACCAUUACUUGGUUGGUUAUUUACAUACAUGUUACCAGAAAAACUAGGCUUAGAUAUUUUACCAGAAAAUUUGUCAAAAAUGCCUAAUAACUACGAAUGCCUUGAGAAAUAUGUGGAAAACUUGAAACAAAAAAAUAAUCAGAAACAUUGGAGGAAAUCAAAACAGGAAAAGAAUAAAAUGGAUAUUUCUUAAGGCAUUGUAUUUACAACUUGUGUAUAGAUAUAAUACAUUAUAUUUACAACACAAGUCAGUUUAUUUUGUUUAUUAGUCCUUGAAACUCUACUUAAAUUGUUAUUUAUAACACACUUGACAAUAAUAUCAUAUAAAAAAGUGUGAAAAACCAUAAGAUUUCUGAUAUCGUAUUUAUGUUUUUAAAUACAGUAAAAAAUAUAUUUUAGUUUAACCUCAGAAAAUUACUUGUAUAUAUGAUUUUUAUUUUAUUAAUAAUAAAUACAUCUAGUAUCCUAAUGUUUAUUAAAAAAUUGUAUUAUUACAUGUCUAUUCCCUGUGUAGUAUGUAAAGCCAAGGACACACCUGAAGAACGUUACCAUUUGUUCGUGUGCAUUGGCAUGUCAUGCUACCCGUUCGCACGGGGUGGCAUGACACAUUUGAACGAAUCCUUUUCUUUUGCUGACAUUUCCACCAUUUGCACUCUUUCCAAUUGCUGCAUUUUUACCGAUACGUCCACAACGCAACGUUUUCAACCAUUCGCGGUUCGCAUUUUUCUUUGAUCUAUUCACUUUUACCGCCAGAGGAUGGAAAGCGUUCAUUCGCGCUGAAACCCUUCGUCGUGACGUACAUUCGCUGCGAAUGCACGUCCACACCCGAGAAAGAUUUCCUCGCGAAUGGUAACGUUCGUCAAGUCUGUCCUCGGCUUAAGAACUUGUUUGUUGUUUGUACAUAUAUCUAUUUUACUGCUUAUAAACAUAAAAAUGAUAAUAAAUAAUUUAAAUAAGAUUAUUGAAAUGCAAGGAUUGCUAAGUCACAUUAUCAUUAUUUUAACUUUUAGGAUUUGAGCAAAUAAACAUUUUGAAAACAAAA